AUGCCUAAAACACUUGCCAGAAAUCCAAUUGCUCUCCGGCGGUUCGUAGUUUACGAGGCACUUGGCAAGGUGCCAGUGUUCGAAGCAUACAAAAACUUUUGUAAAAGAUUUGGAGAGGAUGUAAUGACCUAUGUGGAUUAUGAGUUUUGGUAUUAUCGAGCUCUUCAUGGAGAACUAGAUGUGAAUUAUGAUAGGAGUGUGGAUCCAAGACAGCCUGCAUUGUUGGAAUUACCAAUGGAAAUGCUCUGGUCAAUCUUCUCAAAAGCGAGUCCAAUCGAGAGAUUAAUUGUGAGAAAAGUGUGUACAAGACUGCAAACAUGCAUUGAUACAAUGUACAACAAAAUCAACAAAAUUAGUUUUGGCCCACAUUCUGAUCCCAUCGAAAUAAAGUACGAAGAGGAAGUAGUGAGAUAUCAAGGGUACACUGACUGCUCGGUCUAUCGACUUUUCCUCCAGCCUCUCCAAAAACCUGCAGUCGUAAAGAAUAUGAAUCCUGCUGAGCUAGCUAUCCUGGAUCUCUCAAUUCUAUUCCGUAACCCAAAACUACGGUUGAAAUACCUAUACAUCUGUGUUGAUUUCGAUAUAAUGCCCCGUUUUCAACAAGUUUUGGAGUCCUUAAACCAUCAAUUACACGUGGAAAAAUUAGAGUUUUACGCUGGGAACGGGAUGGAAGAGACUAUAAUUCUUCCAUGUUUGAAGUCUGGAACUCUCAAAGAAAUAAUGAUUUACGUGUCGGACCACGAUGAUGAAACGAAUAGAAGAUUGGGUCAAAUAAUUCAUUGUCGGGAAGCCAAAAUGCUUAAACUUUAUGUGAACUAUAGAGACAACUUUCCGAUUGAGUGCUUUCUCAAUUGUCGUAGAUUGACACUUGUUUAUUAUUGGAGUUUUAUUGAUGCUGCAACCACUAUCAGAUUUAUUGGGAUCCUUCAAACUUCGACAACUUUGGAAUCAUUUUUAGUCGAGAAAAAUGAUUCUGAUGAAUUGUUGAAAGCUAUCCGAGGAGGAGGCAGUCCAUUGUGGAAUAGUGUUGAAACAAAGCCAGAAUCAUGUAUCUUCAAAAUUCCAAUCGCGAAUUCUGAUAAGUUUUGGAAAUUGGAUUUGAGCGGGACGAUGGUUCACCUCGAGCGGAAAUGA